UAAAAACUACUCCAGGACAGCAAAAGCGAAGAAGAUGUCUCUGUGCCAAACCAACAAACAGGGCUUCACUCUUCUUCUGAUCAAUAUAAGCUGCUUUCCCGCCAUUUCUUCUUCCACGGACGGAGACGACAACGACAAAACCUCCACUUGUUCUUGUCCUUCCGCUAUUUAUUUCUCCCUCGAGUCGCAUUUACAGAUCGAUGCUUCAAAUGAGUCUCCGAUCCAUUCAAUUCUCUGCUCUUCUCUUCCUUCUCGUCUCUGCUGUCUCUCUCCCUCACAGGUGACCAAAGUUAGAUCAUCGGGUGAUGGUAGUAUAGAAAAGGAGAAAACAUUGGCAAUGAUAAAGCCAGAUGGAUUGUUUGGUAGCUAUACAAAUGCAAUAAAGGAAAUUAUUCUGGACUCUGGCUUCAGCAUCUGUAAGGAAAUGACGAUUCAUCUUGAUGAGGAUACAGUAAAAAGCUUUUAUGCUGUGCACUCAUCAAAGAGCUUCUUUCCAAGCCUGGUUAAUUACAUGACAAGUGGCCCCGUGUUGAUUAUGGUUCUGGAGAAAGUGAAUGCUGUUGCUGAUUGGCGUGCUAUGAUUGGACCAACUGAUGCUCGCAAGGCUAAGGUUACCCAUCCUAACAGCAUCAGAGCCAUGUGUGGGUUGGAUUCGCAAACAAAUUGUGUUCAUGGUUCAGACUCAUCUGAGUCUGCUGCUAGGGAAAUAUCUUUUUUCUUUAAAGAGGCAUCUUCAGAAUAGCUACAUCUAUGAGGAAUUACAGUUGAAGACCCUGGUCAAUCCACAUGGCCUGCUUGACAAACGUCAGCGACGGAGACAUCAUAAAUUGGUCCGCGGGUUAAUCUGUGUGCAUUGCUUGUCUGUAAUUACUGAAGGAUAUAGCACAUUUCAAGUGAUAUAGGAGCAGGCUUAAUAUGCUCACAAUACAAAAAAUAUGACUAAGAUGAUUUGAAUUUUGAAUACAUACAAUAAUCCCUGUGACGUUUUCGGUGAGAAUAAAUGAAUUUGCACAUGUACUGCAUUAUAAGCUUCAUAAAGGAAACAGGAUAGAGUUAAUUAUAGCACUAUGACAAUCGGGAAAAGUAGGAUCUUUGUUUGCAUAUAGUACUUUUAGAAACAGCAGUUAUGUGGUCUGUACUGAUUGUAUAUGCUGUUCUGAGCAGUUGACCCACAUAAAGUCAUAUAUAUAUAUUUAAAAUUUUCCUUCUCCCUUUGUUUUCUCUAGAUGAUUGGGGUGAUGCAUUAUAGAUGUAAUAAAUUAUUUUUUUGACACCUGAUAUAUUUUUAUUUUUAUUUUUAUUUUUCAUGAACCCUUUGUAUGUAGAUUGAAGGACACUUUAAAGUCUAAGAACAACCUUUACCUUUACAAACCUAAAAAUUGGUUGGUCACCAUAAUUUGUCCUUUAUUAUGAAGGCCAAUGUCAAAUGCAGUCCUCCCAUGUAUUCACCUGACUGACAUUGGAGAAACUACUUCUGUUGAAUUUUUCCUCAUAGGAUCUGUUUGACACUCCGUUUUGAUGGAGGGGUUUGGUGAGAAAAGAAAAGAAAUAAUGAAAAUAGGAAACCUCUUCACUUGUUCGGAUGGUUAAAUAGGUGAGAAAUGAUGAAAGAUGAAAUACGACACUUUUCUUUCUUUUCUCCUAGUUUUUUUAUCCAAACAAGAUAGGUGAGAAAUCACAUUCUCUUCUCUUUUAUUCAUCCAAACAUAACGGUGAGAAACUAUAUUCAUUUCUUUUCCUUUCUCAUCUAUGUGGAAACCACAAUCAUUUCUCUUCUCACCUCACCUUACCUCACGAUCCAACCGUAGUGUUAAAGAAUAAUGGAAAAAAUUUAUAAAACAUAAAAUGCUGCAGAAAGUAAUAGAAUGAAUGAGGCAUAUGCUUUUGAGUUACAUUGACUCAAUAUUAACUAGUUAAAAAUACUGCAAAUGGAAACAAGAAAUUUCUGCCUGGAAAUGACUUCCACAAGAGUGAUGAGAAUUGUAUUGUUUGUUGAUGUUGAAAAGCCUUUUUUAUGAACUUUCUGUCUAGUUUAGUUAUUGGAUCAAUGAUAAAACCUUGUCCUAAUAACCUUGAGGUUUUGGGUUUGAGUUCAAGUCCCAAGCAACCACUUUGUGUAAAAGGUUAGGUGUGUACCUGAUCUUUUCCCUCUCAAACACACAUUAAUGUGUACUAAUUAGACGUUAUUUUUUAAAAAUCUAAUUUAGUUAUUGUAUUUUCUG